AUGGCGUCCUUAGGGAUUUUUACCGUUUCUUACGAAAGUUUUUUGUUGCCGUCCGCUUAUUAUUUUCUGUCUUCUGGUUGGAUUUAUAAGAAUGUUCCAUUAUUUACCAAAAAAAAUGUAGUAAAAAAUGCGACAGAAUUAGAGAUACCACGUCAAUUAUCGAGAAGUAAAAUUUCUAAACAGAGUAUUGGAUUAACUCGUUCAAUGGAUCUAUGCUGCUCUCGUAAUGUUAGUAGUCAUGGUGUAUCCCAAGAUUUCAUUUUUGUGGCCAUCCUUCAAGGGAUAGGAGUCUUAGGAUUACCAAAUUCAUUACAUAGAAGUGGAAUUCAACCAAUGAUCGUGACAACUGCAUUCUCAUUCAUCUUAGAGGUAAUGGUCAGCUAUACCUUUUUAAUAAUCACUCAAAAAGCUAUUGCUAUCAAAUAUUUUCAUAAGGAAAGCCAAAAUAUUCUAGAUGAUGAGUCAGAAUCUGAAGAAAUCGUACUGGAUGAUAAACAGAGAGAAAAAAUCGAUAAAAACAAAAAUGUCAACACCCAUCUCCUUUCCGCCUUAUUUCUACCUAAAUAUCUACGGAUUACUUUUGACUUGAUUAUGCUUCUGAAAUAUUUUCUAUGGAGUAUUAUCGUAGCCUUAGCCGCUAGCCAAGCUUAUUCAGGACUUAUUCUAGUCAGCGCAGAAACAAUAGCCCCUAUCUUUAUCAUCAUAACAGCUGUUUGCUACAUCUUUCUUAAAAAGCCUCUAAUGAUAAUCUUGCCUACUUUAUCAUUCGUUAGAAGUGGUUUAAUUAUCGUAAUGAUUAUCAUCUUCUUUGGAGCUGUUGUUGCUGCUAAAUUCACAACAGGAGUUAUCAACAUAUUAUGGUGUUAUGCCGUAUUGUAUGUAGUACCACAAACAUGUAGCCCUAUGAUUCGAGAUGGAAUAUCUCUAGCAAAUAUGACAGAAUCAGGAAUACCAUGUCAAUUAACUCUGAAAUGGGCUGCCGAAAAUGGUAAAAUCUCGACUGUACCACUGUCGAUCAUUUUAAAAGAUUUUUACCCCCAAUAUGCUUGGCUAGCCUUAGUUAUCAGGUUAUUUAUCGUGUUAUCGACAACGUUAUCAUAUCUAACAAAUGGCAUGUCUGCUUCUAGCUGGAUGAGUGGCAUGCUAGUCAACAUUCGAGAAAGGAUGACCAAUUCCAAGAUAUCAUGCAGUUGUACUGGAGAUGAAGAUGCUAGUAAAGAUGCACACUACGUCGAAUAUCAAGAAGGAAAUUUUCCAGAUAGAGUAUUGGACCAACUCAUCCAGUGGAUCUAUGUUGCUCUAAUAAUAUUGAUAGUCAUGUUAAAUCCCAAAGGAUUCUUUAUCUUGAUAAAUCACAUUGAAACAGCUUCGAAAUAUAUCGUCGAUUCUAUAUUCGUAUUAGCUCUAUAUCGAACGUCCGCUGUAACGAAAUACAGGAAUAUUAGCGUUCCGAUAUCACCAUCAGCAAAUUGGUUUUAUGUGGUUGUUUUUCUUACUAUUAUACAUGCAGCCUUAUUCGUCUAUAACUUUUGGUUUUUAAGUCAAUAUUCAUUUUGA